UACAGAAAGUUGCACCCCGACGUGAAUCUGGUGAAAGACCGCAUGAUAAAAACCUUUGCAUGGAGACGCCGAGAAAUAGCAGAAGGAAUGUCAACUGAAGAUCUCUUGAGGAGAUAUCCAUUCCUAAGAACAUCCGCAGGGUUGUGCGAUGAGGUUGAUGCCAUGCACCCCUCUCCAGUCAACAUAUGCCACCGCAUCAGUGAGAACUUCACAUCUAUUCUCCCAAAUAUGCUGAAACUUGUCAAGGAUUCGCCACUGAAAAAACUCUACAUGGAAGCAAGAGAGGAUGCCUUGGCUGAGGAUAUUAAAGGAAUUGACUUCAGGGGUGGACUCCUUCUCUUGCCAUCCAUAUUCAAGGAGAAGAUUGAGGAUUUAAUUAUCCUUGGACAGAAUAAUCCUCAAACUCCAUAUCCAACCGUUCAACUGAAAGCACAAGGGUUGAAAUAUGCCCUCUCCAGACAGUGCCAGAGUGUGGUCAAUGUCGAGGGAAUUGAGGUUUGUUCUCGCACUUCGGUGGAUGAGGCCUUCAUUGCAGCCUUCUGCAUGUACUUUGUUUUCAACAUGGCAUAUCCUGGAUACUUGAAAAAGACACUGACCUUUCUCCAGAGGCGCAUCGCAAACAUCACGGGGGAUGGAGACAAAUCCCUGCCGGUAACUGUAACUCAAAUUGUCAACCUUCUUCACUGAUCAUGCCUGGACUGCAUCAGUGACUACGUUUACAUGCAGCCAAUAACCCGUUCAAAACCAGAAUAUUAGCAAUAACCCAGUC